UCGCUGAGCGUGCUGGGCGGGAAGGAGCGGCAGCGGCUCCUCCGGCCCGGGCUCCGUCGCCAGCCGCAGCCCCGCGGGGCCCUUGUGUGCUGGGCCGCGGGCCCCCUGGCGGCGGGCACCUGCGGGGCGCGGGCAGCAUGAAGGUCACGUCGCUCGACGGGCGCCAGCUGCGCAAGAUGCUCCGCAAGGAGGCGGCGGCGCGCUGCGUGGUGCUCGACUGCCGGCCCUACCUGGCGUUCGCCGCCUCGAGCGUGCGCGGCUCGCUCAACGUCAACCUGAACUCGGUGGUGCUGCGGCGGGCGCGGGGAGGCGCGGUGUCGGCGCGCUACGUGCUGCCCGACGAGGCGGCGCGCGCGCGGCUGCUGCAGGAAGGCGGCGGCGGCGUGGCGGCGGUGGUCGUGCUGGACCAGGGCAGCCGCCACUGGCAGAAGCUGCGCGAGGAGAGCGCCGCGCGCGUCGUGCUCACCUCACUGCUCGCCUGCCUGCCCGCCGGCCCGCGGGUCUACUUCCUCAAAGGGGGAUAUGAGACCUUCUAUUCAGAAUAUCCUGAGUGUUGUGUGGACGUGAAGCCCAUUUCUCAAGAGAAGAUCGAAAGUGAAAGAGCCCUCCUUAGCCAGUGCGGAAAGCCAGUGCUGAGUAUCAGCUACAGGCCAGCCUAUGACCAGGGCAGCCCGGUCGAAAUCCUCCCCUUCCUCUACCUGGGAAGUGCCUACCAUGCAUCUAAGUGCGAGUUCUUCGCCAACCUGCGCAUCACAGCCCUGCUGAAUGUCUCCCGCCGGACCUCGGAGGCCUGUACAGCCCAUCUACACUACAAAUGGAUCCCCGUGGAAGACAGCCACACCGCCGACAUUAGCUCCCACUUCCAGGAAGCAAUAGACUUCAUUGACUGUGUCAGGGAAAAGGGAGGCAAGGUCCUGGUCCACUGUGAGGCUGGGGUCUCCCGGUCGCCUACCAUCUGCAUGGCUUACCUCAUGAAGACCAAGCAGUUCCGCCUGAAGGAGGCCUUCGAGUAUAUCAAGCAGAGGAGGAGCGUGAUCUCGCCCAACUUCGGUUUCAUGGGCCAGCUCCUCCAGUAUGAGUCUGAGAUCCUGCCUUCCACCCCCACCCCCCAGCCUCCCUCCCACCAAGGGGAGGCGGCAGGCUCGUCCUUUAUGGGCCAUUUACAGACUCUGAGCCCUGAUGUGCAGGGUGCUUACUGCGCAUUCCCUACCUCGGUGCUGGCCCCAGUGCCCACCCUCUCGACGGUCACAGACCUCCACAGGAGUCCUGUGGCCACAGCCACGUCCUGCUGAGACUCGGAUGGGGUGCCAGGCCAGCCCCAGGAGCAACUGUGAUGCUGUUCAAGCUUGUGGACAUUUCAUUCCUGUGCAAUACUGAAGCCCUCUCUCUGUCACACUACCCCAAUGAGACAGUGAGUGGUGGCCAGGCUGCGGCACAGAUGAACUUCAGAGUGACCUCGAGAAUAAGUCCUUGGGACCGAAGGAAGGCCAAGCCAUUAGGGUAGCACAGCGUGUGCUCACUACUGUACUUCCAGACCCCUCCCUCUCAGGACCGCCCAGCCCCUGCACCUCAGAAUUCGCCUUUUCAUUUCAAGCGUAAGGCAAUAAAUACCUGCAGCAACAUGGGGGAGAGAAGUUGCUGGACUCGGAGAAAAGGCAGUCACAAGCCAAUUCAUCCUGAAGGAAGCACAAUUUCCACCUUAUUUUUUGAACUUUGGCAGUGUCUGUGUGUCUUUGUUGCUUUAGGGCAUCAGCUAAUCCCUGUCUUGUCAGGGAAGUAACCCCUUGGGUUUGUAGGGAUACGAUACAUAUGUAUAUGCUAGUCUAAACCCUAGAAUGUUUUAGAGCUUCCUUUUGAGCGCCAGGGAGGCAGUUGACUGAAGCAGCCAGAUGUCGAUUCUUCUGGGUGUCGUUUUCUCUGUGGGUUUCUUCCCUGACCUCGGACUUCCACAUAGUUUUUACUCCUACUUGAACCUGCCUCCUUGCUGCUCUCUUGGAGCAGUGCUGGUGUCACCUGCGAACUUUCAAACCUUAAGCCUAAAAUCACCUCUUCAAGGUGGUAGCAGUGGGUAUGGGGGGAAGAGUGUGCCCUCCGUGCAUUCUGGAUCAGUGGCACUAAAAACAGUCACUCUGCCUGUGUGUCCCUGUGUGUCCCUCUGUGUGCUUGUGUCUCGUUUCUUGUGACACUUUUCUCCCUGCCCCUGGGGUUAAUCUUCAAGCUACUGACUUCUGGGAUUUACAGAUUUUGAGGUGUGGUACUUCUUUUCAGUUUAGGUUAUUUCUCCAGGGGAAAAGGCAAUAACUUCCUCAAGCCCAUGUGAAUGUGAAGAAAAAGCAGUGUGUUACUGAUUGUUUUUUGUUUUUUUUUUUUUUAUA